UGCGAGCCGCUGCUGCGGCCGGUCCACAGCAGCUCUGACAGUCGCGGCGCAGGCACCGGACCCCUCACCAGCCCCACGCAGCCACCGCGACCUCCAGCUCGUCCCACCAUCUCUCCCGACGCUGCGGAGCCGCAUCUGGCACCUAAUACCACCCCGGCCGCGCUGGAGCCCGCGCCCGCCCUGGCCCGGCCGCGCCGGGAUCCCGGCCCCGAGCUGGAGCCGCAUCUGGAGCCACGGGCCCGGGGCCCUGAGCCACGUAGCCGGCGCAUGGUCAACUCGCUGCUGUUCGGAGAGAUGGCCUUGGCCUUCGGCUGCCCGCCGGGGGGCGGCGGCUGCGCAGGCGGCGGCGGUGGUGGCGGGGCCGGGCCGGGGCCCUCGCCAGUAACGGCGGCGCUGCGGGACGAUCUGGGCUCCAACAUCCACCUCCUCAAGGGGCUCAACGUGCGUUUCCGCUGCUUCUUGGCCAAGGUGCACGAGUUGGAGCGGCGCAACCGGCUCCUGGAGAAACAGCUGGAGCAGCAGCAGAGCGAGCGGGAUCGGCGGCUGCGCUACAAGACCUUCUCCCGCGAGCAGGCCGUGCAGACCGGGCCCGAGCUGCUGCGGCCGCCGGCUGCGGGAAGCGGGCAGGCCAUCGGCGCGGCCACCGGCGUCAACGCCAACGCGGUGGCCCUGGGCGGCCUGCCCCCCGGCGGCGGCUCGCACCCGCAGCACUACGGUCGCCUGCCCGGGACCAUCUGGAGCUACACGCAGGUGCGACGCACGGGAGGCGGCGGCGUGGAGACAGUGCAGGGCCCCGGCGUGUCGUGGGUACACCCGGACGGCGUAGGCGUGCAGAUCGACACCAUCACGCCAGAGAUCCGCGCUCUCUACAACGUGCUGGCCAAGGUGAAGCGCGAGCGUGACGAGUACAAACGGAGGUGGGAGGAGGAGCUGGCCAAACGCAUGAACCUUCAGACCAUGGUGGACACGCUGCAGGAGGCGGCGCAAGAAGCCGAGGCCAUCCAGGAGGAGAUGAAUGAGAAGAUUGAGCGGCUCAAGGCCGAGCUGGUGGUGUUCAAAGGGCUCAUGAGUGACCCCAUGACAGACCUGGACACAAAGAUCCAAGAAAAGGCUAUGAAGGUGGACAUGGACAUCUGCCGCCGAAUCGAUAUCACGGCUAAGCUGUGCGAUGUCGCACAGCAGAGGAACUCGGAAGACGUGUCCAAGAUCUUCCAGGUGGUCCCUAAGAAGAAAGAUCGUAAGGUGGCUUCGGAUGAUGACAUCUCCGAGCAGGAUGGGGAGGUGAAUCGGUUCUCAGAUGAGGAGGUCGGCUCCAUGAACAUCACCGAUGAGAUGAAGCGCAUGUUUAACCAGCUGCGGGAGACCUUUGAUUUUGAUGACGACUGUGACAGCCUGACAUGGGAAGAGAAUGAAGACACACUGCUGCUAUGGGAGGAUUUUACCAACUGUAACCCUACCAUUGACCUGCAGGGCGAGCAAGAAGAAAACUUGGGCAACUUGAUCCAUGAGACUGAAUCCUUCUUCAAGACGAGAGACAAGGAGUACCAGGAGACCAUAGGCCAGAUCGAGCUGGAGCUGGCCACAGCCAAGAGCGACAUGAACCGGCACCUGCAUGAGUAUAUGGAGAUGUGCAGCAUGAAGCGAGGCCUGGACGUGCAGAUGGAGACCUGCCGUCGGCUCAUCAAAGGCUCUGCAGACAGGAAUUCACCGUCGCCCAGCUCCGUGGCCAGCAGUGACUCAGGAAGUACAGAUGAAAUCCAGGAAGACCUGGAGCGGGAGGCGGAUGUGGAGCCCAUGGUCAGCUGAUGACGGAGGCCCGACGUUCCCGGUGGUCUUGGUGAUGGGGUCCAGCCUCCUCUCCCCACUGAGCCGUGUGGGCUCCUCGAGUCGGACUCCACUCCUCGACACACAGCCUUCUGUCCUCCCUUCUCCGGAGGCCCAGCGGGACCGCUGCUUCCUUCCUUCCUCCACCACCGACCCAUGGAAUGGUGCUGUCGAUUUUUCUAUUGUCCCCACACACACCACAAACGCAGACUUCUGUGCGUCGAUGCAGUGCAACUGUGCCUUCUCCCUUAAGCUGAGCCACUUUGAGCUCCAAAGAAUUCUUCCUAGCAGGUGUUUUUUUUAAAAAAUAUAAAACUCUAAGGUGAGGGUGGGGCCUGGGGGCGUGGUAUCUUUUGGUUUUUCUCCCUCCCACCUGCUCCUCUGAUUGGACAUGAGCUUUGCUCCCUCCCUCUGUCCCAAGAUGACUUGCGGUGGUCUGCCUUCCCAAGGAAGGAGACUAUUUUACCUCCAGAGCUGGGCGAGCAGGCGUUCUCAAUACUUUCUCACCCAGUGAUAGAGUGGUGAAUGGAAGUGGAGGGAGGGAAGACCAUUUUUUUUUUUUUUCUUUUCUUCUUCUUUUGGAUCUAGUGGCGAUGUGUCGGGGAAAGGCACUGUGGGGGAAGGAAGAACCUCACUGUGUUUAAACUAUGCAAAAAACAAAACAAAAAAACCCUAAAAGCAGCUUGCCUUAUAUCAUUGGGAAGGCAGGCCCUCUCUCAGACUUCUGGGAACUGGGAGAGAGGCCAAGGUUAGCAUGAGACCCUCAUAGCCUCUGAGGGUGAGGUGGAUUUGGGGGUGAUCCCAGUCGGAUUGCUGGUAAGGCCCGCCUGCAUUCUGCAAGCCGGCCCACUGGACCGUUGGCUUUCUUGGGGACCUCUGUGGGGUUGGGUGGGGUGGGGUGGGUGGUGGUCUUUUGUUCUCCUGAUGACUUGAUGUUCUUUCCCACCUCUCCAAUCACCUGCCAGGUUCCAUGGUUGUAAUUUCUCUGUGAGAAAGUAUGAACGGGCCAGGCCUGCUACCUACUCUGUCCUCCACAGUACCGUCUUGCUCCUCCGUUGUCCCUCUGGCUUGGGGGUAGGGAAAGCCUUGUGAGGGAAGGAGGGGCUGGCAGGCUGGCGAUGACUGGAGAGAAGCCUCAAGUGAGGACCGUCCUCAUUCAUACUUGCUUUCCAUACCCAUUUGUCUGGACGCUGAGCCAGUGAUUCCCCAAGGCUCCCUGGGGCCUGAGUUAAGGGGCCAUAAGAUAGAGCAUCCGUCUAGUCUCAGCUGGCGACUUGCCUAGCAACGAUCAGGUUUUGUUUUUAUUUCUUUCCUUAUUUUUGUGUCCACUCUAGUGGUUUUGAUGGCCUAUGUGGUUUUUAUUGACCCAGAGGGUUCCUCUGGAGGUCAAAGGAACAAAAUGUCCCCAGGGAUCAGAACCCAUGGUCCUCGGAGGCCUGGGUGGUAAAGGGCAGAGGACUCUGGAACCACAGUGGUCCCCGAUCCUCUUCAUCCCUCUGCUUCUCUCUGGGUGGUUCCAUCAUCUCUUUUGCACUUAGAACCAGUGUACAUAGUAGGCUUAUGUAUGGAUAGAGAGGAGAGAGGAUGUGUUUGUUGGUGGCUUAUGUAACUUAUCAGAACUUGGUGGCCUUUCUCAUGUGUGUUUUCCAUGAUGUGGGGAGGGGCUUCCCAUUGGUCCUUUUGCAGCCUGUCUGCAGGGGUACCAUCUGUUGAUGGCCAAACAGUCCCUUCUGGCAGGUACUUGGAGGGACAAUUAUUUGGGAAGACACAGCCCCUGUCCUCACCACCCCCUCCCCCUUUCUCACCAAUCCUUCUUUUUAAAGGUUACAGGGUUCAUACACUUCGGGUUAUCAUUAUUGUGUGUUAUUGAUAUUAUUGUUUGUUUUGUUUUGUUUUGUUUUACCAAAGGUUAUCAGAGCCAGAUGGGCCUGGACCUUAGCUGCUGUAAAGAUUUCCGUUUCUGUGAGGGCAGGAAGAGGGGUUGUCCUCGUGAGUCCUCGGCUGAGGCUGGGGACCGUGUCCAUCCAGCAGUAAAGCGGUAGAGUCUGGGAGUCAGGUAGGCAGAGCAGAAGCCGGCCCUUCCUUGUUCUUCACGGAGGCAGUGGGCUGACAUAUAUCUCUAGAGUUAAGACAGUAAGGAACAGCAUGACCGUUCGCGGUGAUAGAUGCUACCGUGUAAGUUGGUGUUCUCUGGUGUUCCGUUACUUUCCCACCUGUAUACAUAGGUCAUUUGUCUGGUGUGCAUGAGAAAAGCAGGCUCCAGUGGGUUUCUUCCUGCUGGCCUUCAAAGCCUGCUUUCCCCUGGGAGGUGAGGCUCUGAGGCAGGAGGAUGAGUGGAGAAGGACAAGGGUGUAGUGGGCAUGUUUCCUGGCUUGGUCUGGGCGCUGGGCGUGGCCUCCUCUUUGGUUUGUUCAUUUCUUGGUUCGUUGCCAGUGGGUCCUGCUUGUGCUCACCGAGAGCUCACAGCUUGCCCAGAAAACCCCACCACUCACUGGGGCCGCCGCUCACUGGGCAGCGCCUGCCCUGUCUAGACGAACCUGUCCACCCGUGUAAACAUGUACAUAGUUUCUCUUGACUUUUCUAUGUCUGAGCCCCGUGUCAUAUUGACACUGGGGGCUCCGGGCUUCUCAGAUGGGCUCCCCGUGUAGGCCCUGGUCAUGCUCCUAGUUUGGGGGUCACAUACACAGGCACAGCAGGGAGUCAGCAUCCUUUCAGGUUCCUGGUUGGUCGUGAAAUACACACACACACACACACACACACACACUCCACUAAGACUCCAAAGGAGAAAGAUGGGGAAGAGGUUUUGUCUCCCCGUUGGCAGUCUGGAAGGCAUGUCCACUUUGGACUCUGUUCUGGGGGGGUAGAACUCAGAUGUCCUAUGAAGAGUCAAACCACUUUGACUUUAGGGUGGGAGGAGGGGGGAUGGGUUAAGGGAUAAGAUGAGGUGUAACUUAAGCUAAAUGUAUUCUAUUUAUGAAGCAAGAGACUGUAUUUUUAUGAAAGAAAAAGGUUUUUAAUCUAGGGUAGGCAGUCAUGGUAGCCCGGCAUUUUGCUGUGGAUAAGAUACCGCCAUGUUCAUUGACUCUGGUGUACAAUCAUCGGUAACCCCUCUCCUCAGCUUGCCUUCAAAGGUCACUGAACGUCCGCACACAGCUGGGGCGGGAGUUUGUUGUCCCUUCCUCCCCGGCCCUCAGCUCCUUAGAAGUCUUGGAAGGGAACUGGAGUGGGGAGGGCGGGUGGACUGCAAAAAACUGAGGUGGGGGAGAGGUAGGUUCUAAUUAGUCACCCCAUCUCCUUUCUGGCCAGACCUACUCCCAUUCAGCUGUGUGGGGAGAGUAGGAGGGAGGUUCUGUGGGGUUGGGGAACACAGGACUUCUUAGGGGUAUUUGCUAUGUCGGAAGUUGUCAGGCAGCUGGAGCAGGCACAGAAGGGACCCAGGGCGCUCAGUGCUCAGCCCUGUCUGUGUAACUCCAGGCCAAGGUCGAGUUUGGUUGUGGACAAAGGACCAGGACACUGGGGGGUUUCCUCAGACCUGGGUCUUCCCUCUAGGACUGACCUAGUGGGAGGAGUGGAGAGCGGUCUGGGCAAAGCCAUACACUCUCUCUGGGAAGAGAUUUCCAGGCUCAGUGUGGGCUGUGUGUGAGUCUCAGGCAAACUCCUCACCUUAUGAGUUCCUUCCCAAGCUCUCGAGGACAUGUGGUGAAUUCCCCACCAUGACACGAUCCCUUUCCGCACACUGUAGCAUCUACCUGGUUUUUAGUCCCACCCUACCCACUGUUGCUGUGUCUGUCAGCUGGGUCUGGAAAUCACUGGGAGGGGUUUAUACUCAUCAAAGACUACUGACCCUACCAGAAAACCAACCUGUUUACUGUACUGUUGUAAAUACUGUGCCCUUUAUAUCCUGUAUAUUGGCUUCUUUGGAAUAAAGUAAAAUGUCUUAGAACA